AUGGGUUUGAAAAACCAGAUUCUCAGUGGGAAUGCUGCUCAGGGUGGAAAGAAGUCUUACGGUGGGCCAUGUGGGGGUCGUGAUUGCAGUGCUGGAUGCAAAUGUUUUCCAGAGAAGGGUGCACGGGGUCGACCAGGACCAAUUGGGCUUCAAGGACCAAUAGGUUCACCUGGAUUUACUGGCCCAGAAGGUUUGCCAGGAGCAAAAGGGGAGAGAGGAGCAGUGGGGCCCCCUGGACCAGCUGGACAGAAAGGCGACAAGGGCCCAAUGGGAGUUCCAGGAUUUCAAGGCAUCAAUGGGAUCCCAGGUCACCCUGGACAGUCUGGACCUAGAGGUCUUCCUGGCCUUGAUGGCUGCAAUGGUACCACUGGGAGUCCUGGUGUUUCUGGAUCGGAUGGGUUUCCUGGCCUACCUGGGCUCCCUGGUCGUCCUGGUCCGAAAGGUGUUAAAGGAGAUCCUGUUUUUGCUCAAGGCAGUCUUAAAGGAAUGAAGGGAGAAAAUGGUCUUCCUGGAUUGGAUGGGAUUUCUGGUCCAAAAGGUAUUCCAGGUCCAAAAGGUUCUGCAGGCCCUAUAGGACUGCCAGGCUUGCAGGGUCCAGUGGGUCCCCCUGGGCCACCAGGUCCAAAAGGUAACAUGGGAUUAGGCUUUCAAGGAGAGAAAGGAGAAAAGGGUGAUGUAGGGCUGCCUGGCCCUCCGGGUCCACCACCAUCCACUGGAAUACUGGAAUUCAUGGGAUUUCCUAAAGGAAAGCAAGGAGAAAAGGGUGAGCCAGGCCCUCGGGGAUUACCUGGAGACGAAGGAUUGCCUGGCAUACCGGGCUUUGGAGGUGUUGGAGAAAAAGGAGAAAAAGGUGUUCCUGGUUUACCAGGUGGCAGGGGUAUUUUGGGACUGGAUGGGUCUGAUGGGAUUCCAGGAAGAAAGGGUCAUCCAGGUAUUCCAGGCUAUCCAGGGCUGGAUGGAGUUGAGGGCAUGAAGGGGGAAUUAGGUGACAUUGGUCCCCCAGGCCCUCCUAUUGUUGUUGACAGGGAAGGUGUAGUCAUUUCAGGUGCCCCAGGUGACCCUGGAAACCCAGGAAUACCUGGUCCUCCAGGAGAUGAAGGGAUCAGGGGUUUACCAGGCCUUCCAGGAGCUCCAGGGUUUCCAGGCCUGGAGAGAGAUGGAAUGGGCCCUGGAGGGUCUCCAGGUAUUCCAGGUAUGAAGGGUGAAGUGGGAGAACCAGGAAGAACAACAAUUGGACUACCAGGCACUCCUGGUAGAGGGGGUUUACCCGGUCUGCCAGGAGCACCAGGAUUGCCUGGUCCACCACGCCCAUCAUUCCGCCCAGACACAAUCCUGGAUGGAAGGACUGGGGUCCCAGGGGAGCCUGGACAAAGAGGGCUGCCAGGAGCUUUGGGUCCAAAGGGGUACAAAGGAGAGGCAGGUGACUGUGCUUGUGAUGGAGGAGUUACAAGAGCUGGUCUGAAAGGCAUCUCAGGUCCACCAGGUCCAUCAGGAAGUCCUGGUGUGCCUGGAAUUAAGGGCAUUGGUGGAGACCCAGGCACUGUAGGUGCCCCAGGACUGCGAGGCCCUCCGGCUUCUGCUGGCCAGCAAGGUCUUCCAGGCCUUAAGGGAGAAAAGGGGGAAUCAUCCUAUGCAACAAGCAAAGGUGCUCGUGGGGACCGUGGUGCAACAGCUCCCAGAGGACCUUCAGGCAUCCCAGGAACCCCUGGCAGGGAUGGACUUCCAGGCUUGCCAGGCCCACCUGGCCCUCCAGGUGAUGGUGGGCUGGGUUUCCCAGGUGAAAAAGGACUACCAGGAUUACCUGGUUCCAAGGGCUAUCGUGGAGAAACUGGUUCUCCUGGCGUUGGAUAUCCAGGUCCUAGUGGAGUUCGUGGGCCACCAGGUGACCCAGGAAUUGAUGGAUUUCCAGGACAAGCAGGUCUUCCAGGCCCUCCAGGUAUCACCUUGCCCUGCAUAGUUCCUGGAGCAUAUGGGCCCCCAGGGACUCCUGGCUUUCCAGGAUUACCAGGUCCCAAAGGCAGCAAAGGCUUUCCUGGAAUUCCAGGCCAACCUGGAUUACUUGGGUCAAAAGGCCAGCCAGGGUCUCCAGGACUAAUAGGCUUGCAAGGGGAACCUGGCUUCCCAGGUCCUCGAGGAGAACAAGGGUCACAAGGACUUCCAGGACUAGAUGGAACAGAUGGUUUGCCUGGGAAAAUGGGUGCUUCAGGCUUAGGUGGAGCAAAAGGUGCUCCUGGAGAUGUAUUUGGUGCUGAGAGUGGAGCCCUGGGAGAGCGUGGCCGACCUGGGCUCCCAGGUGAUAAAGGGCUUACAGGUGAUCUUGGAUUUCCAGGACUAAAAGGGUUAGAUGGACGACCAGGCCUCCUGGGUGUUAAAGGUGAACAGGGUAAUCCAGGAUAUUCAGGUGUCCCUGGACUGCGGGGACCUCCUGGUCCUGGAGGUCCUUUUGGCAUCAAGGGAAAACCAGGACCCUUGGGGUCAGUUGGCCUUGCAGGAGCACCAGGCUGUCAAGGACUUCCUGGACCUAAAGGCUUGACUGGAGAGGUAGGUCCACAAGGCCCUGCUGGUAUGAAAGGCUUCCCAGGUCUUGAUGGUGCCCCAGGAUCUCCUGGGGAAAGAGGAUUCUUAGGGCCACCUGGGCCUUUUGGUCAAGAUGGACGUCCAGGUUUCUCUGGGCCAAAAGGGGAGAAAGGAUCUUCUGGUCUGCUUGGUUUCCCUGGCAUGCCAGGCCUGCCUGGUGUCCCUGGGGUGAAUGGGUUUAAAGGAGCUCCUGGCACAGCUGGAGGAAGUGGGAGCCCUGGAGCUCUGGGGCUCCAAGGUCAAAAAGGAGACAGAGGUGAUGUAGGUCUGCCUGGUCUUCCUGUACUUGGGCUUCCAGAACAGGCACUGCAAUUCAAAGGAGACAAAGGAGAUCCUGGAUUAGCUGGACUUGCAGGAUUUCCUGGACCUAGAGGUGAUAAAGGAAUCCCAGGAAGCCGUGGACAGCCUGGUCUCCCUGGUCCAGUUGGAUUAGCAAGCAAAGAGAAAGGUCUUCAUGGUGACCCAGGCUUCCCUGGUCCACCUGGACAGCCUGGGCUGCCAGGACAGAAGGGUACACAUGGUAUCAUAGGAUUUCCAGGAAUGCCAGGAGAGAGGGGUUCAGAUGGUAUCACAGGAACACUUGGAUUCCCAGGGCCUGCUGGCCUCCCUGGUCCAAAGGGUGACCAGGGAGAUUCUGUUGGCAUUCCUGGCAUCACUGGAGUAAAAGGAGAGCGAGGGGAUCCAGGGUUCCCGGGAGAGAGAGGCAGAGAAGGGCUCAAGGGUGAACCAGGCUACCCAGGGAACACUGGGGUGAAUGGACUCAAAGGCAGCCCAGGAGAUCUUGGCCCAGAAGGACCAGCAGGAAUCCCAGGAAAUGCUGGGCUGAGAGGAAGCCCUGGACCACCAGGACCUCCAGGGCAGCCAGGAUCUGUCGGAUUCCCUGGAGCUCGUGGAACAGCAGGACCUAAAGGGUUUUAUGGAUUUCCGGGUUUAAAUGGUCUGAAUGGCCUGCCAGGCACAAAAGGGGCUCCUGGAACACCAGGUCUGAGUGAAGCUGGACUACAAGGCUCUGCAGGUCUCCCAGGUCCAAAGGGUGAAGAAGGCUCUCCAGGCUUGGGUAGAGGAUCUCUAGGAUUCCCUGGACCAAAAGGCUCAGCAGGAGACAUGGGUCCCCCUGGUCCUGUGGGACUGCCUGGCAUGCCAGGAACACCUGGAGUUUCUCUUCCCUCUGAUAUACGUGGUAGGCCUGGGGAUGCUGGCCAUCCAGGAACUGAUGGGAGUUCAGGUCUUCCAGGUCCUUCAGGACCACGAGGCCCCCCUGGCCCAGCUUCUGACCAAGGUGACUCAGGCAAUCCAGGUUUCCCUGGUGUUCUUGGCUUGCGAGGCAUUAAGGGUGAUGUGGGACCCACUGGUCCAGUUGGACUUCCUGGAGCAUCUGGACUCAAAGGUAUAAGAGGGGAGCCUGGCCUUAUGGGGAUGCCAGGUAAAGAUGGGCCUCCAGGAGAUCCUGGUUACCCUGGGCUGAAAGGUGAAAUGGGUCGUCGAGGUCUCCCUGGCCGGCAAGGAGCUCCAGGUAUAACGCCACAGCCAGAAGAAGUCACAGCUCCUGCAGGCUUGCCUGGUCUGCCAGGAAUUGAUGGUGUCCCUGGCUUUGAUGGAGAUCCUGGAUUGCAGGGCCCAGCUGGAAAACCAGGCACAAAAGGUCUGCCAGGAAGAUCUGGUUUGAAAGGACGUGAUGGCCUACCUGGAACGCCUGGCACAGCUGGGGAUCCAGGACCUUUGGGUGCCCCGGGACCACAGGGAUUUGAAGGUGUUGCUGGAAAGCCAGGUUCUCUGGGUUUGCCAGGAAUGCCUGGGCGCAGUGUGGGCGUUGGAUACACUUUAGUGAAGCACAGUCAGUCAGAGCAGAUCCCACCCUGUCCCAUAGGGAUGAACAAGCUCUGGGAAGGCUACAGUUUACUGUAUGUGGAGGGGCAGGAAAAGUCGCACAACCAGGAUCUCGGUUUUGCUGGCUCGUGUUUGCCUCGCUUCAGCACCAUGCCUUUCAUUUACUGCAACAUCAAUGAGGUGUGCUACUAUGCCAGCCGAAAUGACAAGUCCUACUGGCUCUCCACCACAGCGCCCAUCCCCAUGAUGCCAGUGGACAGUGUUCAGAUCCCACAGUACAUCAGUCGCUGCUCCGUGUGUGAAGCACCUUCCCAGGCUGUGGCUGUGCACAGCCAGGACAUCACCAUCCCACAAUGUCCCCUUGGCUGGCGCAGCCUAUGGAUAGGAUACUCCUUCCUCAUGCAUACUGCAGCUGGUGCAGAAGGUGGAGGUCAGUCCCUUGUCUCCCCUGGUUCCUGCCUGGAGGAUUUCCGUGCUACUCCAUUCAUCGAGUGCAAUGGCGCUCGGGGAACAUGCCACUACUUUGCAAACAAAUACAGCUUCUGGCUGACCACCGUGGAGCAGUCACAGCAGUUUGUCAGUGCUCCUCCCUCAGAAACCCUGAAAGCAGGGCAGCUCCGGACGAGGGUCAGCCGCUGCCAAGUGUGCAUGAAGAACUUGUAG